ACUUAUUUUCAUAGAUAACACCACUUAUGAAUUCGUUGAAACAUCAAAAUGAUAUUAAGCUUUCCAUGGUGAAUCUUGAGCUUGAGUGCCGGGCUUGGUGAACCUUGCAAAAACAAGUCUCUUACAUAAGUAGAGAGGAGUGAAGAGUGGGGGGUAGCUCACCUGACGACGAGGGCUAGGGAUUUGACGAGAGGAUGUGAUGGCGAGAAGUUAGGCUCUUAAAAUAACAAAGACCGUGCAAGCAACCCACUAAUAACCAAUAAACAAAUGGGUGAAUAUUCUUGCACGAAGAUGUGGAUCUAUUAGAGACGUGUAUAUCAAAACUUGAUAGGUUGUAAUUAGUGAAGGGCCAUCACAAUUUUUUUCUUUUAGUGUUUCCGAUCAAAUAUAAUUGUAUGUGUUCUUAACAUAAAUCAAAAUAUAAGAUUCAUGCCGAAAAUAACCCAAUAAUUACAGUAUCAAUUAAUUUAUCAAUUCCAGUAGCUCGAGAAACUUUUGUGAUCUCAAUUGAUACAAAAAUAAACCAGGGAAGGAUUGUUCUCACGGUAACAACCAAUGUUCAGGUGAAGCCAAAAACCCACGCAUUUCCAUGCAUAAAAGCACAAAUCAACAAUUUUUACUGACCUGCAAUGGCAAUGUGGCACAAAGAUCCCCAUCUUCACAAGCCUCCUCAUCUUCUUUUACGUUUUUCAGUGUUUUCUUUUCUCUACAUUUCUUUGUUUUUUGUUAUUUUCCCGAACAGAGGCCCUGAAACUUGUUUCUCAUGCAAAACCCUUACUCAUCAUCUUACCCUUUAACGUGUCGCCAUGUUGCACUUCCCACUCCUCUUUAAGACACCACCACCUCGAAGUCGCGUUACCAUCGCCAAUGGUUGAUCGUAAGCAGCCACACCAAGUGCAAGCGCAUGGCUUGGGGGGUCCACAACAGCAAGGGCCAUCAGCCUCCCAAGUCCUAGCUGUGCUCACAAUGCUACCUGUAGGUGGUGGGCUUCUUGCACUUGCAGGUAUAACCCUAGUAGGCACCCUGAUCUGUCUGACUGUCACCACCCCUCGUUUUAUUCUGUUCAGCCCCGUUCUAGUCCCACCUGCCCUUCUUAUUGUGUUUGCGGUGACCUCGUUUUUGGCUUCUGGGGCCUUAGGGCUGACAGGGUUCAGGUCGCUAUCCUGGGUUGCUAGGUACGUCCAGGAGGCUACCCGGACCAUGCCGGAGAGACUGGACCAGGCAAAGAGGCGCAUGCAAGGCAUGGCAGGUUAUGUGGGGCAGAGGGCCGGGAAAUCCAGAGGAAGGCACAUAAAAGGACAUGAAAUCAAGUGAGGAAUAGUGUUGGUUUCUAGGGUUCUACAUGCGAAGGCUGGUUUUGCAGAGGUACUUUGUUGUAUGUAGUUGUAAGAGACCUCGAUUGCGAGGUAGAAUGGAGUUUGGUUUAUGAGCUCUACCCUUAGAAAGUGAGAAUUUGGUGUUUUGUGUUCUGGGUUCAAUUGCUGAAUUUGAAUGCCAUCUUCUAUGCGUUUUCUUUUGUAAUCUCCAGAAUUUCAGGUUUCUCACCACUUGCCAGAAAAUCUCAAUUCGAUUGUUCAUUUAUAAUAGUUCAGCCACUUGGACUCAUUUCAGUAGCUUGCCAAAAGGAAAAAGGAGGUAUAAAACAAAAAAGAGGAAAAGUUGCAAUGAUAUCCAGACUUUGAAUUAUCUCUUGAUCAUCAACAAUGAUUUUAUCAUUUUUCUUGAUUUUCAUUUAUCUUUCAACUUUAGAAUACGCAUA